AUGAAGGUGACGAAAGGACUAUGUGCCAAUGGAAUUCCUUUUAAUGUUCUGAGAAAUCCACAAUUUGUGGAAAUGGUUAUGGCUAUUAACAAUGGUCCUAAAGGCUACAAGCCUCCCUCUUCUGAAAAGGAAAGAACAUUUUUAUUAGACGAGUGUAAAAGACACGUUGACAAAGAUUUAACUCCUAUCAAGGAUACAUGGUUUCAUCAAGGGGUCUCCAUUGUGUCAGAUGGCUGGAUAAAGCUGCGAUGUUUGAUUAAAGCCAUUGAAGAAAUCCGACCAUCUAAUGUUCUACAAGUGGUGACCGAUAAUGUUGCAAAUUGUAAAGCUGCUGGAAAGGAAAUACAAAAGGAAAGAACAGUUUUAUUAGACGAGUGUAAAAGACACGUUGACAAAGAUUUAGCUCCUAUCAAGGAUACAUGGUUUCAUCAAGGGGUCUCCAUUGUGUUAGAUGGCUGGAGAAAUGUAAAAGAUAUGUCACUAAUUAAUGUUCUUGUCGUGAAUAGUAGAGAUGCGAUGUUUUUAUAUGCCGACGACUUUUCUGGAGUUGAAAAAACUAGAGUUGCUAUUGCUGAAUAUUUGAUUAAAGCCAUUGAAGAAAUCGGACCAUCUAAUGUUCUACAAGUGGUGACCGAUAAUGUUGCAAAUUGUAAAGCUGCUGGGAAGGAAAUACAAAAGGUAUAUAAGCAUAUUUUUUGGUCUCCUUGUGUUGUGCAUACUUUAAAUUUGAUUUUUAAAGACUUUGCUGAAUUAUUUGAAUGGCUGAGAAAUACAUAUAAACAAGGAAAGACUAUAGUUAAGUACAUUAUUAAUCAUAGUCAAGUUCUAGCUAUGUAUAGAGCAAAUUCAAAGCUUGAAUUGUUGAAGGUAGCAAAGACUAGAUUUGCAUCACAUUACAUUUUACUUAAGCGACUACUUAUGUGUAGAGAAGCACUUGCAACUACUGUUGUGUUGAACAGUUGGAAAGAAUGGAUUAAGCAAGGAGAUGAAAACACAAGAAAAAUAGGUGCUUUAGUUGCUGAAACUAUUGGUAGUGAUUUUUUUUGGGAAGAAGUUGAGCAUGUGGUUAAGAUAACAAAACCCAUUUAUCUUUUGAUUAAAUUUGCUGAUGGUGAAGGGCCAAAAAUGGGAGAAUUUUAUGAGAAAAUUGAUUCUAUGCUUGGGGAAAUACAAGAGAUUAUGAAAACAAAUAAAUAUGCAAAUUGUUAUUCUGAAAUGGAAACAAUUGUUACUGCAAGAUGGACCAAAAUGAAUUAUACCAUCCAUUGUUUAGGUUUUGUAUUAAACCCUAGAUUUUAUGAUACACAUUAUCUUUCCACACCUGCUCCUGGAGGUAUAGCUAGAAAAGAUCCAAACCAAGAUAAGGAAGUAGUGACUGUAGUUAUGCAAGCUUUUGAAAAAAUAUUUGAAAAUGCGGAGGAACAAAAACUUCUACGUGAUCAGUUUGCUAUAUUUCACAAAAAAAAAAAGGGAAUAUAUGCAAUGUCUGCAGCUCAAUUGGAUGUUGUAACCAUGGAUUCUAUUGAUUGGUGGUCAAUGUAUGGAUCUGAAACUUCUGAACUAGCAGAGGUGGCAAAAAAAGUAUUAUCUCAACCAAUAAGUAGCUCUUCCGCUGAAAGAACUUGGAGUACUUAUUCAUAUAUCCAUAAUGUAAAAAGGAAUCGACUUAAUUGUGCAAGAGCAGACAAAUUGGUUUAUAUUCACUCAAAUAUUCGCUCACAGUCACGAUUUUCUGAUAGCUACAAGAAUGGUCCUUUCAAAAAAUGGGAUAUGAAUCAUGAUAACACUUGUUUGGAAGAAUCUUCUGGAAUACUUCAAGACCUCAGCUGGGAAUUAAAUGAUGAAAUGGAUGGAAGAGUGGAUGAUUGGAGAAAUUUUCCUCCACUUGAGAACUACAUUAAACUUCAUGUUGACGAUAACUCACUUGAAAAUCUAGAGUGUUACGGGUUUGGGGGAAUCAUCACAAACUCUAGUGGUGAAUGGAUAUCAGGUUACUUCGGCUUUAGUUGCAUCGACACCAUUAUGAAUGUCGAGGAGAUAGCUCUGCUUUGGGGAUUGGAUUUGGUUUAG